AUGCUUGGACAGAAAGCGCAGCCGAACGUACAUAACCGCCUACCUGAACAGCAGACACAAGAGCUACCACAAAAAGACGAACUGAAGCAGUCACAGACCCAACCAAAGCAACCCCAAAAUCAUAAGCUUUCAGAUGACAAAACAGAGAAUCAAGCCGAAAAGCGAUCCCCAUCACAGCAGCAACAACACAAACAAAGAAAGCGGCGAAAAACAGCACAACAACAAACAAAGGAUCGGGUGUCGUUACCAAAACUGCGAAGGAGCUUGCGUCCAAGACCACGGCCCCAAAGGGAUGAACAAGUUGCGAAAAAGAUGAGGAUUGACAGAAAGAACAAUUCAGAAUUUGCAGCGAAGUCAAAAAGCAAAGACAGCUUUCUACAAGAGGAUGGCGUCGAUGGGGAAGCCUCCCUCGGGAAAAUUUCUUUAGAAGAUGGAUACUGGAUCGACGAUCUCAUACAGGAAGGGGUCCUGAAAAAACAGCUAAUGGAUGCCAAAGGGGACUAUCCAGUGGUGGCAAUCCAAGAGGAUUCUUUAGUGGAUGGAUACUGGGUAUAG